AUGGUCCUGGUGGUGGCUCAGGUUCUGGCGGUGAUCGUGUUGUACAGCCUGAAAGGGCAGAUCGAGGAUUACUUGUGUUUGGGCAUGUUGGCUGAUAUGGUGCGGUACCAGGAUGACCUGGACCUGAGGUUCAUCACUGAUGGGAUCCAGACGGGUCUGCAGCGCUGCGGGGGUGAUACCUACAGAAACUGGGGAAGUAAUGUGUAAUUAAACUUUUCGGCUCCAGGGGUCCAGGAGUGUGGAGUGCCCCCCUCAUGCUGCAUAGACCAUCUAGAGAAUGGGACGGUGUUGAACAGCCAGUGUGGAGUGGGUGCCCAACAGCUGGAUGAGUUCUCAGCCCAGAGCGUGAUCUUCCUGGGCGGCUGUCUGGGCAGUAUCUCACGCUGGAUUAAGCAGCACAGUGGAGUGAUUGUUACGGUAGUCAUCAAUCUGCUGGGGGUCCAGAUAUUCACUCUGUUCAUAACGGCCCAUCUGCUGCAGAAGAUACGGUGGAGCAGAGCUCAGCAUGCUGUGUACUUACAAUCACUGCAAUGA